GAGCGCUUGAAGCAGCUUUUCGGGAGCGGUCCCGCCGCCUCAUCAACAUGCUCGCAUCCGCCCUCCUCCUGUCUGCGCCCGCUGCGGCAGCCGCGCCCUCGAACGCCCGCGUGUGGGCCACCGAUGCGCUCAUGGGCGCCGUCGAAGCCGGCCUGAAGCCCGUCAUCGCCGACGUGGUCUGCGGGAUCCCAAUGGAUAAGCUGCUCGGCCACGAGUCUAUCGAGGAGGGCCCGGUCGCUAUCGACGUCAAGUCCUUCGCCCUGUCGCGCUGCUCGGUCGGCGGCAUCUCCGUGCGCAACCAGCCCGACGGCCUGCUCGUCAAGGUGUCGGGCAUCUCGGCGCACGCAGAGGGCAGCUCCCUCGCCAAGCAGGCCGGCUGCACCUUCAUGUGCUACGACCCGAUGGACGCCUCCUUCUCCGCCGAGCUGUACGACUCUGAGAUCACGAUGCUCAUCUCGCUCGGCGCGGCUCGCGGCGUGCCCGAUUUGGCGGCACGCUACGUCAACACAAACUUCCAGAUGCGCAACAUCCAGCUGCACGAAUUUAAGGGCGUCUCCCUCUUUGCAAACAUGAUCACCGGCGUCAUCGGCAAGGUGACCAACCGGAUCGCCAAGAAGAAGGUUGGCAAGGUCAUCGGCACGCUUGGCGACGUCCUUCACCACCUGCCGCUGCACCACCUGCCGCUCGGCGAGCCGCUCGCAACGGUCCUUCCCCGCGCCGGCCACCUCAUGCUCGACGCCGACGUCACCUCCAUCGGAUACAAGAAGCCCGCGUGGGUCAUCGACAUCCUUACCGUCCUCUCCUCGCCGCCGGCGGUGGGCGCGCGCUCCUAUCCGUACGCGCCGACUGCUCUCCCGAGCGCCCCGCCGGUGGAGCACCGCUCGCAGCAGCUCAUCGCCACCGUGACGCCGUGGACCAUCAACGAGGCGCUCUUCGCGCUCGAGAAAUCCGGACUCCUGACCCUACCCGUCACCUCCGAGGCGCACGGCCAGUCCGUGCCGCUCACCUUCUCCACCUCGCCCUCGCUGAGCGUGGUGGGCGACCGUGCCGAGCUCACCCUCGCCAACGUGGUCGCCGGCCCAGCCUCGCGAACCAACUCGACCCUCACCAUCGGCGGCACGUCCCCCACCCUGCUCAUCGACGGCCACGUCGCCAAGGCGCGGUGGGGUGGGCACGCCGACGCCUCCCUCCGCGUCUCCGGCUGCGGCGAACGCCAGCUCUCCUUCCGCGCCGCGCCCGCCGCCGGCUCAGCCGUCGCGGCCGCCGGCAAGGGUGAGGUGGCCCUCGAGAUCAAGUCGGUGCAGGAUGCGCCGUGGUGGGAGGUGCAGUGCGACUCGGCGGGCGCGAACCUCGUGCUCGACGCGCUCGGCGUCGAGAACGUGCACAAGUCGGUUGCCUGCGCGGCGACGGCCCUCGAGGCCUUCGACACGUCGGGCAGCGUCCCCGCGUCCGAGACGCUCUCCUGCCUGCUCGACGCGUGGGCAAACAAGCUGGACCUUAUCUGGGGCAUCGUCAACAAGCUCGACGCCCUGCGCCCGCCCGGCUUCCCAGACGUGCUCUCCUUCCUCUGGGACGGCCUCGUCGCUCUCGACCUCGAGCUAAUCUCCCGCGAGGGAGUCGGCGACGCCGCCGCCGUCACCGCCUGCGUGCAGGACCGCUCCCCGACCGCCCGGCUGUCGGGCAUCUACCGCUGCCUCCUCGACGCGACCGCGCCGGCGAUUGACAAGGCCUUCGCCUCGGCGGCCGACCUGCGCACGAUCCUGCUCACCCCCGAGCUGAACGCGCUCGUCGACGCGAUGGCAAGCGGCGAGGCGUCGACUGCGGCGCCGGACGUGCUCACCGCCCUCAACGGCGUCCUCGCGGGCCAGAGUAAGCCGCUGCAGCAGGUGGCGGACGACGCGAUGGCGGUGCUGCGCGACCUGCUCGCCGCGUCGCACGAGUCGGCCGGCGAGGAGCGGACGCAGGCCGUCGUCGGCACCCUCAAGCGCCUCGUGAAGGUGGCGUGGUCGGCGCUGCAGCAGGUCGACGUCGCCGUGGACGGCGCGCCCAUCGGAGGAUCGUACGACCUCUCGCAGCUCAAGGCGGUGGCCGAGGCGGCCAAGGCGGACCUCGAGGCCGGAAGCGCGUUCGCCUGGACCGUGCGCGCGGCCGACGCCGACCUGGUCGGCACGUACACGCGCUCGUCCGUCUCGUACGUCGCCCACCCUCCCGCCUCGCUCGAGGCGGAGAUCCCGCUCGGCGUCCUCUUCUCGACCGCCUUGCGGCUUGCACGCGAGACGGCGCUCGGCCAGAUGGCGCUCGGCCGCCAGGGCGGCGCGGACGGCACGGCGGCGGGCUCGAUGCGCGUCGGCUUCACCUCCUCCGCGUCGGGCAUCGAGGGCAAGGCGCAGGCGGACUGGCGCGCCGUUCUCCGCGCCGCCGUCGCUGUGGCGUCCCCUCGCGCGGCGCACGUGAUCGACAUGCUCCCCGGCUGGGUGACCAAGUGCGUGGCCGGCUGGGCGCAGGGGUCCUUCUGGGGCUCGGCCGACAUUGAGGUGCAGGGGCGCAAGCUGCUCGCCCUUGAGAGGGAGGCCUUCGACGCCCUGACCGCCGGGCAGUCCAUGCUGGCGGAGCACACUGCGGCGGACGGCUCGUUCCACUGGUAGAGAGGCUGCGGGCGCGGCACUGUGGCGCCCACCCUCCUUCACCCUUGCUCGCGUGGAGGCCCCCCUCGCUCUUGCGUCUUGGAGGCGGAGGGGCGAGCGGACACGCAGCAGGGCGUGUGAGAGAUCCGCUCUCAGUCUCGCUCCCCCCCACCAUGCACACGAUACAACGGGGGGCAAGAUAUGAACAUGAACACCAUGGAGUUGGAGUGCAGUUGGCGACGGCAUAGUGGGAAAUUGAUAUACCGUCGCCAACACUCUGUGCAUGCGCAUGGCGAGAAGUUUUGUCUACUACUGAGUAACUGUCUCUUGAAUAAUUUUACGAAAUGUUGUAUAUGCAGCUCAAAA